AUGACCGAUGUUAAAGAAGAAGCUGCGACGAACUCCAAAGAGAGUGGACCCUCCUCCAUUAAACUUCCGAUGCUGACCUCUACCAAUUACAUUGUUUGGGCUAUGCGUAUGAAGAUUGCGCUUAAGGUCAACAAGGUGUGGGAAACUAUUGAUCCAGGAAGAAAACAUGAAGAAAAGAAUAACAUGGAUAUUGCUUUGCUAUUUCAAUCCGUUCCGGAAGCUUUAAUACUACAAGUCGGUGAUCUUGAUACAGCAAAAGGAGUAUGGGAUGUAGUCAAAGCGAGAUAUGUCGGAGCUGAGAGAGUACGAGAAGCGAGGUUGCAAACCCUAAUGGAUGAGUUUGAUAGACUUAAGAUGAAAGAAGAAGAUACCAUUGAUGCAUUCGUGGGAAAGCUCUCCGAAAUCUCUUCAAAGUCUUCCUCCUUAGGAGAAAUCAUUGAAGAACCAAAGAUCACUAAAGCAUAUGAAGAACGUAUAUGUGAAGACGAAGAGGAACAUCAAGAUGAUAAUGGAAAGUUGUUAUACGCUAACAACAGCGAGUCACAACAAGACGGGUAUGGCCGAGGAGGACAAGGAAGAGGUGGACGAGGUAACUGGAGAGGAAGAGGUCGAGGUCGCUACAGAGGUUUCUAUGCACAAAGAGAGGCGUAUAAGCAAGGUCAAAACCGAGAUAUGAGCCACAUCACUUGCUUUGCGUGUGAUAAACAAGAACAUUACGCAAGUAAUUGUCUUGACAAGUUGCUUAAACUGCAAGAAACUGAUGAGAAGAAAGAAGAAGAUACACAAGAAGCUGAUUAA